AAGCAAACGCUGUAGUGCAUCAUUCAAAACAAAACACAGCGUUCGACUGUUCGAAAGAAUUCGAAGUUUGAAUUUAAACUUUUUAAUCGUAAACAUGAACUUCGCAAAGGUUUUCUUCUUCGUCUUCGCUCUGUUCCUGGCCAUGAGCACUGUUUCUGCAGCGCCCAAGUGGAAGAUUUUCAAGAAGCUUGAGAAAGUCGGCAGAAACGUCAGGGAUGGCAUCAUCAAGGCAGCACCAGCUGUCCAAACGAUCGGACAAGCGGCCACCAUCUACAGGGGCGGGAAAUAAACUAAAUUACAAACCUCCUUUCUCAAUUACGUUGCAAAAAAA